GAAAAAGAGAAUACAAAGGAAGACCCCUUCUUACCUUGUUCUACACACCAUUUUCUACUACCUUUUGACUCAAUUUCUUUUUCUAGGAAUGGAGGUUGAAAGGGUGCAGGCCAUUGCAUCUAUGUUCACAGCCAAAGAUGGCAUCCCUGCCGAAUUCGUCCGCUCAGAGAACGAACGUCCGGGGAUCACCACCUUCCAAGGUCCAGUCCCUGAUGUCCCGACCAUCGAUCUUCGUGACCCAGAUCGCGAAAAGAUCAUACGAGAAAUCGCUGAUGCUAGCCAAGAGUGGGGAAUUUUCCAAGUAGUAAACCAUGGGAUACCAGACGACAUAAUAAGAAAGUUGCAAGAUGUAGGGAAAGAAUUCUUCGGGCUUCCACAAGAAGAGAAGGAGGAGUAUGCAAUAAAGCCGGAAUCCGAUACGUUGGAAGGUUACGGUACAAAGCUCCAGAAGGACAUGGAAGGUAAGAAGGCUUGGGUGGAUUUCUUCUUCCACAACAUAUGGCCACUUUCUCGCAUUAACCACAAUGUGUGGCCCAAGAACCCUCCUGCUUACAGGGAGGCUAAUGAGGAGUACGCGAAAUACAUGCAGAAUGUGGUGGACGAUCUGCUGAGUAGCCUUUCGCUAGGGCUAGGAUUGGAGGCGGGUGUGCUAAAAGACGCGGUGGGUGGAGAUGAUCUGGAGUUUCUGUUGAAGAUAAAUUACUACCCUCCAUGUCCUCGGCCAGAUCUUGCGUUGGGUGUGGUGGCCCACACCGACAUGUCAGCAAUAACUGUUCUUGUGCCGAAUGAAAUAUCGGGUCUGCAGGUCUUCAAGGACGAUAUCUGGUUCGACGUCAAGUACAUUCCCAACGCUCUCAUUGUCCACAUCGGGGACCAGACUGAGAUAUUAAGUAAUGGAAAGUACAAGAGCGUGUUGCACAGGACGACAGUGAACAAGGAGAAGACAAGGAUGUCAUGGCCGGUAUUUUGUUCACCACCAGCUGAAAUGGUGGUAGGACCUCUCACUCAGCUUGUGGACGACCAAAACCCUCCUAAAUUCAAGACAAAGAAGUACAAGGAUUAUCAGUAUUGUAAGCUUAAUAAACUUCCUCAGUAGAGAGUUGAGUGAUGGAUUGUUUCCGCUGCUUUUGCCCUUCUUAUCUUAUUAUUAUUGAUAAAUGCAGAGACUAUUCUCUGCUUUGUGUUUCCAA